CACCUCGAGAGAAACUUUCAUUGAUUCUGGUUCUAUAAACGUUUUUAUGGUAUCAGAGCUUUUCGGUGAGGGGAACCAAAAUACCAUACAACAUGUCCUCAGCUCCUACCCAACAAACAACAUCUUCAAAAAACUACCCAUAUCCGGCCACACUAAAUGUAGCCAAUUUUGUUUCUCUCCAACUCACCUCAGACAAUUACCUACUCUGGAGAACCCAAAUGAUGGCUUUAAUUGAAAGUCAGGAACUAUUGGGUUUUAUUGAUGGCGAGUAUGAAAUGCCUGAUCCAAAGGUACUUACCAAUGAGAAGGAAGUACCAAAUCCAACUUAUGUAGCUUGGAGACGAUCUGAUCGUCCUCUUCGUGGGUGGAUCACUGGCACCUUAUCAAAAGAGGUACUUGGAAUUGCUAUUGGACUCAAGACUUCAUCAGAAGUUUGGAAGGCAUUGGAGGAUCACUUUGUUCAAAGCUCUCAAGAAAGAGAAUUUCACUUAAUGCAGGAGAUCUCAAGUAUCCAAAAGGGUGAUGACACUCUAAGUGAGUACAUCAGAAGAUUCAAAGCUCUUUGCGAUGAACUCUCCACAAAUGGUAAGAUCAUUCCAGAUAAAAACAAAGUUUUUUGGUUUUUGCAAGGGUUAGGACCAAGCUAUGAAAAUUUUGUCACAACCAUGCUGAAACCACAUGUUCCAUCAUACAAAGAACUGAUCCCUCUUGUAAAAAGCCAUGAUUCUCGUAACCAUCAUCAUAAUUCUUUACCUCCACAAAUGGCCUUCCUUACCCAAAAGCCUGAACUAAGAAAUUAUUACAAAAAGAAAGGAAAUGCUCAAAGUUGGUUCAACUCUAAAGGGAAAGGUUUUAUUCAAGCUAGAACUAACAAUAAGCCAAGAGCUAGUUUUAAGUUGAAUGCAGGAAAUUUGGAAAGCAAUGAAACUAAAGCUACUGCAAGUAAAUCUGCUGUGGUUUGUCAAAUCUGCAAUAAGCAUGGCCAUGUUGCUCUCAAGUGUUUCAAUUGCUUCAACGAUGCAUUUCAAGCAGAUGACAUCCCUCAAGCCUUGGCUGCAAUGACUAUCAAUCAAAGUGAUGUUGCUGAGUGGUAUCCAUAUACUAGGGCAAAAGCUCACAUGACUAGCAACUCCGAUAAGCUUAUAAAUCUAAAACCUUAUAAAGGAAAUGAUGGUGUAAUGGUAAGGCAUGAUCCAAACACUUUAUAUGGCAAGAAAUUGGUUGGAGGAGAAAUUACAAAUUUUAAUGAGUGGUUUGACUCUACAGAUACUAACAUGACUCCUACUUCCCUUGCAGAAAAUACAAAUUCUAUGGAAAUUAUAAGAUCUAAUGCUCACAUGAGUUCUGCAAUAGAACAAAGUGUCACCACUCUUGAUUCUUCUUCGACCAUUGAUAAUGUCGAUCAGCAAACAUUAAAGCAAGCCUAUGCAGCACCAUGUACUGUUGAUGCUAUACAGCAAGAAACUAAUGAAACAAGCCAUGGGUCUUUAGCUCAAAAUACAAGCCCAGUAGGACAAAAUCAAAGCACACACCCUCACCACAUGAUUACAAGGUCUCAAAAAGGAAUUUACAAGCUGAAUCCAAAGUACACCGCUCUUUAUGUUGAAACUGAGCCUUCCAGCAUUCCAAGUGAACCAAAAUCUGUUAAAACAGCCUUGAAGCAUGCUGGUUGGACAAAGGCUAUGCAUGAAGAGUUAGUUGCCUUAAAAGACAAUCAUACUUGGGAUCUAGUACCUCGCACAAAAGACAUGAAUGUUAUAGGGUGUAAAUGGGUGUUUAAGUCAAAGCUACGGGCUGAUGGGAAUCUUGACCGAUUAAAAGCUCGUUUGGUCGCAAAAGGUUUUCACCAGGUUGAUGGUAUAGACUUCUCUGAAACCUUUUCUCCAGUUGUGAAGCUUAGUACCAUCCGAACAGUACUCACUAUUGCAACAAUGCCGUCGGCUUCUUCUCCCUGCCAGCUCCGGCUUGUGCUUGCCGGAAAAUUUUGUGUUCCUUGUCCACCAUUUCAAGAAGCGAAACUGAGGAUGGGGAAACCAAGGGGAGUGACGAGUUAUAAGGCUAGCCAUUUCGAGAUUGAUAUAGAUUUAGAAAUAAAUCACGCUCUUGUUUCGAGCCUUGUGCAUUCGUGGGACCCGUUCACGAGUGCACGGCGUCUGCCACGUCCCCGGAUUUGGGUUCUGGGGUGUGACACUCUCAGAGCAGGUGGCACACUUGAUUAUGGAAUGCGUAUUUCUAAUCAAAACACACUAGAAUUAUAUGCUUUCUUAGAUGCAGAUUGGGCUGGUUGUCCACUAACCAGAAGAUCAAGCACAGAAGCUGAAUAUCGUUUUAUGGCAUCUAAAGCAGUUGAACUCACUUGGCUUGCUAGGCUCUUUAUUGAUAUUGGUUUGCCACUCUCUAACCCUCCUAUUCUUCAUUGUGAUAACUUAAGUGCCCUUUACAUGACUGUUAAUCCCGUUUUCCAUGCUAGAACUAAACAUAUUGAAAUAGAUUAUCAUUUUGUUAGAGAAAAGGUUGCUUUAGGAAAUCUGAUCACUCGUUUUGUUAAGUUGGAAUCACAAUUAGCAUAUCUAUUUACUAAACAUUUACCUAGAAAUUGCUUCAAACAGUUAUGUGUCAAACUUGGCCUCUGCUUUAUGCCACAGCCUAGUUUGAGGGGGAGUAUUGGAGAACAAACCAAGUGCAGCAAUCAAGCAAAUCCAGGCUGGAAGAUUGAAGAGAUUCAAGGACAUAAGCAUCAGGAGAAAAUCAAGGAGAGCAAAUCAGGGAAGAAAUCAUUCAAGUCAGCAACGGUAAAGAAGUUAGUCGAGCUCCUAAAAAUGAGGGAAAUAUGGAGACUAACAGAGUAAUUCCAAAGAGAAUUCAAACUGAAACAAAAGGAAAGAAUCCCAUAAUAAUUCCAAUAUGACUGUUGGCCAUUAAAUAUAUUCUGCAUUCUUUGUAUCUGGUAUCUGGUGUUGAUAGCAAUGAUUCCUAAAAUCAUGCCACAAUGUAAGGUGCUGUAAACUAUUAUAAAUAGUGGAAAUAUAUCUUUCUCUCCUCACCUCGAGAGAAACUUUCAUUGAUUUUGGUUCUAUAAACGUUUUUAGCUUUA